UUGUAGCGAUUGGUGUCGUUUUAUUUGCGGUACUUGUGUAUUUUAUUUUCAAAUACAUCGAGAAUGAUAAUCAUCUGGUACGGGUAUCUUUUAACGAAUCCUACGACUUCGUUAUAGUCGGUGCUGGAUCGGCAGGAUGCGUGCUUGCCAACAGACUUUCGGAAGACCCCGAAUCCUCGGUACUCAUCGUAGAAGCUGGGGGAUCCGAAGAUGAUAACUCGAUGAUUCAGGUCCCAAUUGCAGCUUUAGGUCUGCAAAAUACGAAAGAAGAUUGGGCCUUUAGGACCGUUCCUCAGAAGCAUGCAUGUUUAGGACUGAAAGAACAAAGAAGUGCUUGGCCAAGAGGAAAAGUUCUCGGGGGUUCGAGUUCCCUGAAUAUUAUGCACUACAUCCGGGGGAGUAAGCACGACUAUGACAGCUGGGCCAGGGAAGGAUGUGAGGGCUGGGACUUUAAGGCUGUCCUGCCCUAUUUCAUAAAAUCUGAGGAUAACCAAAUUCUCGCUCUGAAUGAUUCUGAAUACCAUGGCAAAGGCGGUUACCUUACCGUGACUGACGGAUCGACCACGCCCCUUGUUGACGUGUUCGAGAGAGCGAUGAGAGAGUUGGGAUAUCCACUGACAGACUGCAAUGGAAAAUCACAGAAGG